AGAUGUUUGAUUUAUAAAAUGAAGAAAAAUUACAUAUUUACUUAAAACAGGCAAGGAAGCUUGUUUCAAAAUUUCUUUGAGGUGUAGAAGUUUGACAGUUUCAGCCCAGUUUGGUCCAUUUCUAGAAGUUGCCCUUGCCUUCGUCUCCUGCGGUAUCCUCCCUGCUUGCUCUGCCCUAGCUGCACAGGCCUCCUGCCUUUUCCUGCCACCACUGUAGCUCCUGGCUCAGGACCUUCCCUGGGUUCUGUCUCUGCUUAAACUCAUUGGCCCAUCAGCUGCAGGUGGCAGACACCUUCCUUCCUGGUCUUUGUUCUGAUAUUAGCAUCUCCAUGAGACUUCUGUGGCCUCCGCCUUGCACUGCCAUCCUAACCACACCCUAACCCACCUCUGCUCCAUGUUGCCUGCUCUGCAAUUUCUUUCUGGUCCUUCCCAGUCUACUGUGUGGAUCCUGGGGACACCAAGGCUCCAAAGGGAGAGCGAAGUCAGAAGGUGGGAGGGGGCUGGGCUUGCCCUGGUGGGUGGUGCUCAACCCUGGAUUCCUAUUGGAAUGUUUUGCAAAUAAGUUUCCUGUGGCCCCUGACCAGAGAGGGCCAUUCCCAUGGUCAGCCUGGGACCCAGGCUUCAUAAUAUUAAAGUUGAUUCCAUUCUGUGCACAACACCGGGCACCCAGACUGUCCUGCUUUUCUUAGGGCCAAGAUCAGCUUGUGAUUCAUAGAGGUAUGAGGUGGGCUUGCUGUGUUCAGCCUCGGAUAGGCCUGGGUCUGUUCUCUGGCGAAGCCCCAGGGAGGGAGUGAGCUCUGAAGAAGUGUCAUGAAGUCUCCUGCUGGUCUUCUUGUAGGAGUCUGUGUCCCUGCAUAUAUGAUCCCCAGUCCCCACCUCUCCUUCCUACCCUCUCCCUAUGCAGUGGGCAGCAGUGGACUGUCUUUCCUCAUGGCGGGUCCUCCCGGUGUGUGUGGCUGUGGUAUAGGAAGAGCAUGUGUCCAUUCUGAGCUUUAACCAGUGUGUUUUCAACAUUCAGGUUUGACUUCCAAAAACUCAUGUUACCUGCAGAAGGAGCCUGGAAGAGGAGGAAGCGGGAAGAAAAGGAGUCAAGAAUGGCUCUUGCUCAGGGAUGCUUGACAUUCAGGGAUGUGGCCAUAGAAUUUUCCCAGGAGGAGUGGAAAUGCCUGGAUCCUGCUCAGAGGACUUUGUACAGGGACGUGAUGUUGGAGAACUACAGGAACCUGCUCUCCCUUGGAAUCUUUCUUCCUAACCUGAGUGUUAUUUCUAUAUUGGAACAAGGAAGAGAGCCCUGGACUGUGGAAAAUGAAAUGAAAGUAGAAAGAACAAAUAGGUGGGACUGUCACAAAGGACUGAAUACAGAUAUCUCUCCUAAACGUGUGAUAAAGGGAUCAUCACCAAAAGGGAAGAACAGUGCAGGAGAAAUAUUCAAAAGAGUGAUGUUGGAAAGACAUGAAAGGAAUGACAUCAAAAGCUCUACACUCAGGGAUAUCCAAAAAAAUAUACAUGAAUUUGAGUUUCAGUGGAAAGAUGAUGAAAGAAGUUACAAUGGAGUGCUUGUGGUUCAGAAAGAAAGUCCCACUGGUAGAAGAGAUCAGGGUGAUGAAAGGGAUACAGGAAAUAAGUUCAUGAAAAAUUGGCUUGGCUUAAGCUUUCAGGCACAUUUACCUGAACUGCAGACACUUCAAUCUGAAGGGAAAACUGAUAGUAAUGAAGUUGAGAAGUCUAUCAACCGUGGUUCCUCAGUUUCACCACUCCACAGAAUUCCUUCUCCUGUGAAAGCACAUAUUUUUCAGGAAUAUGGAAAUGACUUUAUUUAUUCUUCAUUACUCACACAAAGACAAAAAGCUCAUGUUAGGGAGAAACCUUACAGAUGCAGUGAGUGUGGCAAGGUCUUUAGUUACACCUCAUCUCUAGCACAUCAUCGGAGAAUUCAUACGGGAGAGAAACUGUACAAAUGUAUUGAGUGUGGUAAGGCAUUUUUCAGACGUUCAUACCUUUUGGUACAUGAGAGACAUCACACUGGAGCAAAACCUUACAAGUGUAAUGAAUGUGGCAAAGUCUUCACUCAAAAUUCACACCUUACAAGUCAUCGGAGAAUUCAUACUGGGGAGAAACCUUACAAAUGUAAUGACUGUGGCAAAGCCUUCAGUGUUCGUUCAAACCUCACUAACCAUCAGGUUAUCCAUACUGGAGAAAAACCUUACAAGUGUAAUGAAUGUGGUAAGGUCUUCAGUCAGACUUCAAGCCUUGCAAUUCACCGGAGAACUCACACUGGAGAGAAACCUUAUAGGUGUAAUGAAUGUGGCAAAGUCUUCAGUUCACAUUCAAACCUAAACACCCAUCUGGUAAUCCAUACUGGAGAAAAACCCUAUAAAUGUUCUGAGUGUGGCAAGGUCUUUACUCAAAAUUCACACCUUGCAAAUCACUGGAGAAUCCACACAGGAGAGAAACCUUACAAGUGUAAUGAGUGUGGCAAAGCCUUUAGUGUAUACUCAAGCCUGACCACCCAUCAGGCAAUCCACACUGGAGAGAAACCUUACAAAUGUGAUGAGUGUGGCAAGGUCUUCACCCAGAACUCACACCUUGCGAGUCAUCGAGGAGUUCAUAGUGGAGAGAAACCAUACAAGUGUGAUGAGUGUGGCAAAGUCUUUAGUCAGACUUCAAACCUUGCAAGGCAUUGGAGAGUUCAUACUGGAGAGAAACCGUACAAAUGUAAUGAGUGUGGCAAAGCUUUUAGUGUGCGUUCUAGCUUAACUUCCCACCAGGUUAUCCAUACUGGAGAAAAACCUUACAAGUGUAAUGAAUGUGGCAAGGUCUUCAGUCAGACUUCAAGCCUUGCAAUUCACCAGAGAAUUCACACUGGUGAGAAACCUUAUAAGUGUAAUCAUUGUGGCAAAGCCUUUAAUUCACAUUCAAACCUAAACACUCAUCAGGUAAUCCAUACUGGAGAAAAACCCUAUAAAUGUUCUGAGUGUGGCAAGGUCUUCACUCAAAAUUCACACCUUGCAAAUCAUCGGAGAAUUCACACUGGAGAGAAACCUUACAAGUGUAAUGCAUGUGGCAAAGCCUUCAGUGUGUACUCAAGCCUGACCACCCAUCAGGCAAUCCACACUGGAGAAAAACCAUACAAGUGCAAUGAGUGUGGCAAAGUCUUCACCCAAAACUCGCACCUUGCGAGUCACCGGAGGACUCAUACAGGAGAAAAACCAUUCAAGUGUGAUAAGUGUGGCAAAGCCUUUAGUGUGCGUUCAAGCCUAACUACCCAUCAGGCAAUUCAUACUGGAGAAAAACCUUACACUUGUAAAGACUGUGGCAAGGUAUUUAGUAGAAGUUCCAACCUUGCAAGUCAUCGGAGAACUCAUGCUGGACAGAAACCUUAUAAGUGAAUGCAGUUAGUCACAACUUCUUGCAUAACAUCAGAGACUUCAUUUUUAAGAGUAUUUAUAAAUGCAAUGACUGUUGAACACCAUUUAUCAAUAGUUAAAGCAUCCAUAGACUUCCGAGUCCAUGUUAAAAAGAAAUCUUACAAAUUAUACAGCACAGGCUUUAAUCCAAGUCUUACACUAGACAUCAACAUACACAUCUUUGAAAAUAUGUAUCUUUGAAACCGUAUAAAUGGAGGGUCCUUAUGUAGUAAAGCUAUUAACAAAUGAUGAUAACUCUAGAUUAGGAUUUAUUCCAAGAAGAACUCAGUCUCUUGCUCUCUACUAUUACAUUCUGCCCAAUAUUUCCAAUUAAAAAUAUGUGGAAACGCAUGACCUGAAACACAUAAAAGGUACAAAGAUUUUUGGAAAUACCUAAUUAGGUUAUAAAGUAUUUUAUCCAGUUAUGUGAGGUUUCUUGAAAAGGUUACUUGCUAUUUAUGACUUUGAACCUGAACUUUAAGACCUAUUAAUAUUCUGCCUUCCUUACAGGCCCUUCAUUGUGGUCUCUGAGAAAGAACCAAUAAGAUAAAGGGGCUUACCUUCAUUAGGUAAGGAUCACCUAUAUGUAAUGUUCAAGAAGGAGUUUGCCUUUUGAAAUUAAAAUAUUAUGUAAACUAGCAACUUAAAAAGGCAGAGAAUACAAUACAACUAUGACAAGUCAUUUCCAUACAUUGUGUCUGUAAAAGAGCACCAUAGUUAUUAGGAAUAAACAUGCUACCAAAUGAUUGUGCAGUAUAGCAAGCCAGCAAAUUAGGCCCUGGGGGUUUCAUGGGAUGAGAAUGAUAGACUAUUAGGGACCGACUAUGGAAGAAAUAGUGCAAGAAAAAUGCUGACUGCCUUCUACACUGAGUGACAGUAAAGGUCGUAGAGCAAUUCAUUAAUAAUGAGUCCUUUUCAAAGUUGAAGAAAGAUGAGUUAGACUGUAGAGUGUAAUUGAAAGAAUCAGAAUUGGGUCUGGGUGGGAUGUAGCUCAGUGGUGGAGCAUUUGUCUAGCAUGCAUGAGGCCGAGUUCAAUUGUCAGUACCACAAAGAUGAAUAAUUUUACAAAUAGCAUUUUCUUGAGUAUCAUGACAUUUAACUGCGGGUGUUAAUAGCUUGCUACUGCUUUAUUCAGAAUAUAUUACUGGUCUAAUGUUUUAAUAAAAUUUAAUCUUUUACUAUGAA